AUGAUCGCUGGUCUGGUCGCUGCCGCCGUCACCUCCCCUGUGGAUGUGGUCAAGACGCGGGUCAUGAAUCAGCCGGUGGUCGAAGGCCGACCGGCCCUCUACCAAUCCACGGCCGACUGUUUCGUCAAGACGGUGCGGGCGGAGGGACUGCGCGGCCUGUACAAGGGGUUCAUCCCCAACUGGAUCCGCAUAGGACCCCAUACGAUCAUCACCUUCCUCGUCUACGAACGCCUUCGCCUGUGGAGCGGCCUGCGACCCUUCUGA